AUGCCUAAACGUGCAAAGCCUCAAACGUUACCUUCAUUUCCACUUCCUACUGCUGCCCAACCUUCGAAUAUUGGUGUUGGUAGAAGUCCUUUGUUUAACAUUACGAAUGUUCAUCCUAAUCAAGUUGAGCGUCAAGUCUAUGCUGAACGCAGAAAAUUAAGAAAACUAUAUUCGGAUAAUAAUAAAGCAUACAAUAGAUCUUCGAGUUCUCAAAACGUCAUUCGGUCAUCCAACAUUUCAAUAUCCGAUACAAAUGAUUGUCGUGUCGUAACACCAAUUCGGUCAUCCUCUUAUAUCAAUACCAUGGAUAGACGUAUUUUGUCAACCAUACUGUUAACAAGUCCGUACGAGGCGUAUACAUCAGUUAAAUAUAGAAGAAGUCCAUUAUCUAAUAUUACAAAUGUUUCUCAUAAUCAUGUUGAGCAUCAAGAAUGUGUUGAACGAAAAAAAAUUAGGAAAGUAUAUUCAGAUAACAAAAGUCGUGAUGCCAAUAAUAAAUCUUCCACUUCAGAGAACAUUAUUCGGCCAACCAACGUUUCAGUAUCCAAUACUAAUGAAUGUCGUGUCGUAACACCAAUUCGUUCAUCUUCCAUUCCACAGAACGUCAUUCGGCCAACCAACGUUGCACUUGAGUCUGGAGGAAUUCCUUUGUCUGACAUUACAAAUGUUGCUCCUAAUGAUGUUGAUCGUCAACAAUCAGCUGAACGAAGAAAAUUUAGGAAGUCACAUUUAGAUAAUAAAAGAAGUCAUGUGAAUAACAAAUCUUCCACUUCAAAAAAUGUUACUCGGUCAUCCAACGUUUCAACCUCCACUACAAUUGGAUGCCCGAUCGUAACACCAAUUCGUUCAUCGUCUUAUAUGAAUACCAUCGAUCGACGUUUUUGGCCAACCACACCUUUAACAAGUCCGUAUGAAGCAUCUACUUCAGGUGUCAAAGACAAUGUGAAUAUUUAUAUGAGUCCAUGUUUUACAUUCCAAAUAAAUACAACUUCAUCAACUCCACAUUCAAUAAAUCAACCUUCGCUCUCAAGUGAAAGAUCAAAUUUGAAGACGAUACGUAGAGGUAAAGAAAGGUUGUCUAAUAAAGGUCGAUGCGUACAUCCUAUUCCAAUGGUUGACUUAUCUUCCGACGAUCCUAUUAUUCCUCAACAAUUAGCUGAAGAUCCUUAUAAAGGAGUUUCUAAUAAUUAUUUGGAUCAUGGAGAUCAAGUAGUUGUAUGUGGCGUAUGUAACGCUAAGCUGUGGAAAUUUGAAGCCGGAAAAGGAAGGGUUUACUUAGGAAGAACAAGUUACACGCUUUGUUGUGGUUAUGGAAAAGUACAUCUUCCAGAUUUUAAAGAGACGUGUGAGGAAUAUCAAAAUCUUUUCAAGAGUUUAGACGACAAGAGCAAGCAUUUCUUACUGAAUAUUCGUCGUUUUAAUUCUAUGUUUGCUUUCACUUCAAUGGGUGGUAAAGUUGAUUCGAAAAUAAAUAGAGGAAAUGCUCCGUAUGUAUACCGAAUUAGUGGCGAGAAUUAUCAUUCAUUGGGAAGUCUUCUUCCUAAAGAAGGUGCUGAACCAAAAUUUGUGCAGCUUUACAUUUACGACACAGAUAAUGAAGUGUGUAAUCGGAAAACCGUAGUUAGUAACUCAAAGAAAGCAGCUUCCGCAACUUCUGAUUUGCUUGACACUGAACUCAUACAGUAUCUUAAGGUGGUUUUAGAUUCAAAUAAUCAGCUGGUGAAAACUUAUAGGCGUGUACGAGAUUGGUUGGUUGAUAAUCCUCAUGUUGACCUAAAACUACGGCUUAAGGCAAAUAGGUCUAAAGAUGGCCGUACAUACAACCUACCGACGUCGUCCGAAGUUGCUGCGCUUAUAGUUGGAAACAUUGAGGAAGCUCUUGAUAAUCGUGAUGUAGUUAUUGAGUCAAAGAAAGAUGGUCUACAGCGUAUUAGCGAGCUUCAUCCAUCGUAUCUCGCUCUUCAGUAUCCACUGCUUUUCCCUUUUGGUGAAGAUGGUUACCGAAUUGAUAUUCUUCAUAGAGAAGGAAGGGCAUCAAUUAAGAAGAAAGAGUCAAAAUGUACAAUGAGAGAGUAUUUUUCUUACCAUGUUCAAGAUAGAGUCAAUCAUUUUUCUUUGAUUCUUAAUGCUCGAAGACUUUUGCAACAGUUCUUGGUUGACGUUUAUACCAUGAUAGAAAGUGAACGAUUACUAUUCAUACGUCUACAGCAAAGGAAUCUCAGAUCUGAGACAUAUGAGAACCUUAAGAAGCUUGGACAAAAUGGUAAUCCAGAUAUGCAAAUGUUGGAACACGCGUACUACUACCGUCUUCAUUUACCGGAGGAUCGCGACAAGAACAUUAAUCCGGAGGAUAGACCAGACAUUCUAUGUCGAUUGUUCAAAAUUAAGCUUGACGCAAUAAUUAAAGACUUGCAAGAAAAAUCUUUAUUCGGCAACGCAUCGGCAGUUGUGUAUACGAUAGAGUUUCAAAAACGAGGUCUACCUCAUGCCCAUAUCUGUCUGUUCUUAAAUGACGAAAGCAAGCUUCCUUCGGUUGACCAUGUUGACAACUUUAUUUUUGCUGAGAUACCUGACAAAAACUUAGAUCCAGAUCUGUAUAAUCUUGUCAGCGACUACAUGAUUCACGGUCCUUGUGGUGUUGCAAAACCAAAUUGUCCGUGUAUGGUUGAAGGUACCUGUUCGAAGAAAUUUCCAAAGAAGUUCUCUGAGCAGACUACUCUAGAUUCGAAUGGUUAUCCGGUAUAUAGACGAGCAGAUUCUGGAUUUUUUGUUGAGAAAUCUGGUAUUCAGCUUGAUAACAGAAGUGUGGUUCCGUAUAGCAAAACCCUUUUGAGACGUUAUCAGGCACACAUUAACGUCGAAUGGUGUAACCAGGUUGCGUCCAUAAAGUAUUUGUUUAAAUACAUUAAUAAAGGACCAGAUAUGGCAGAAUUUGGUUUUGUACAAAAUGCCGAUGAAGGUCAGCUUGAAGAUAGUAAAGAUGAAAUCAAAGAGUAUUACGAUUGCAGAUAUCUAUCGGCUUGCGAAGCUACAUGGUGCAUCUUUGCAUUUUAUGUUCAUUACCGGUAUCCAUCCGUAAUGAGGCUUCCGUUUCAUCUACCAGAUAAACAAAACGUUGUAUACGGCCCUGAUAACGAUCUUGAUAGUGUUCUUUAUAAAUCAUCUGUUGCUUCUGCAAUGUUUUUGGGUUGGAUGGAAAAGAACGAAAAAGAUCUGUUGGCGCGCAGUCUUACUUACAUUGAGUUCCCUACUAAAUUUGUUUGGAAGCAGCAGGAAAGGGUAUGGGAUAAGCGGAUAAUAGGCAAAAGCAUUGGUCGAAUUCACUGUGUUAAUCCUUCUAUGGGCGAGGCUUACUUUUUAAGAAUCCUUCUUAAUAAGGUAAAAGGGCCUAAGUCUUUAGAAGAGAUUCGUACUGUUAAUGGAGAAGUCUUCCCAACAUUUAGAGAUGCGUGCUACGCUAGAGGCCUUUUAGACGACGAUAAGGAGUAUAUAGAAGUUAUCAAAGAGGCAUACUACACAGGUUCAGGAUACUAUCUUCGUAAUCUGUUUGCUACAAUGUUGGCGUCUAAUACAUUAUCAAGGUCGGAACAUGUUUGGGAAAACACAUGGGAGUACCUUUCGGAUGGUAUUUUAUACAAUCGUCAAAAGCUUUUGAGGAUCGAAGGUUUGUCUCUUCCAGAAGAACAAAUAAGGAACCUAACGUUGCUGGAAAUUGAGCGUUACUUAUUACGUAACAACUCAAGUUUAAGUCGGUUUCCGUCUAUGCCUCAACCCGACAGUGAGUCAAUAUAUUCAGCAGACAACCGUUUAGUUGCUGACGAGCUUCGGUACGAUGUAAGCGCUACUGCCAUCGAAUUUGAUAAUAAUUCAAGAAGCCUAACCGAUGAGCAGCGUUUAGUGUUUGAUGAGAUAAUUGCAGCAGUUAAUAGUAAUGCUGGUGGUGUGUUCUUCGUCUAUGGCUACGGAGGGACUGGAAGACGUUUAUGUGGAAGACAUUAUCUGCAUCUGUUAGAUAUCGCCACCUCCACUGUCUUCGUUCCUGUCCGUUCACCACCUACAUCCGUCGUUAUCGUCGGCAAACCGCCGCCGACGCUGCUGCCACCAGAAGUGGUGUCGGCCGCUGCUGAAGAGAGGAAGAGAGAUGAGCGAGGGGGGCGGUGUUCGUGCGUAGUCGGAGAAGAAGGAGGCACCGGAGAGUCACCGGACACCGUUGUUUUUACCGGUGGUCUUCGUCGGAGGGAACGAGAGGAAGCAGAGGGGUAUGGGUGA